CUACUACAAUGGAAUGUGAUAGCAAGUUUGAUGUCAUUAUUGUUGGAACUGGACUUUCCGAGUGCAUUCUCGCUGGUGCACUUGCCAAAGCUGGACAAAAAGUCCUGCACUUGGACACUGCUGAAUACUAUGGUGCUGAAUAUGCUGCAUUCAACUUUGCCGAAUUCAUCGAGAAACAAGUUGAUUUCUCUUGGAUUCAUCAACCAUCUCCAAUUCAUCCUGAAAAUGAUUCUGAAAAAUCCAAGGCAUCCACGAAUGCACAGUUUGCUCAAGAUGAAUCAGCACCCAUUUCAAAUAGUAUUACUUUUGAACAGAAAAUCAAAACAUUAAACCAGCUCAUAUCAAAGUCGCCCAAUAUCAAACUGCAAUUGGAAAAACUCUUGCAUCUGAAAGAAAUAUCAACGGUCCAGUGGGAUACUUUAGAGCCAAAUGUGCUGGAUCAAGUCGCUCUUUUGGUUGAUGCUUUUCAGAGCUCGCGAAACUUUAGCCUAGAAAUUAUCCCAUUGCUGCUCUAUUGUCGAGGUCCACUGGUCAAUUUGCUGGUAUCAUCACAUGCAGGACCGUUUUUGGAAUUCAAAAUGUUGGAGGAUAUAUACCUGGAAUGGGACGGCGUCUUGGAAAAGGUCCCCGGAAGUAAGGAAGACGUAUUUGCUAGCAAGACCACGGAUCUUGUUGGUAAACGGUACCUUAUGAAAUUUUUAUCCAUGGUAUUAGACUAUAAAGAAAACGAAUCUGUUUGGAAAGAUUAUCAAAACAAACCAUUUUUAGAAUUUCUUGCAAGUCAAAAGCUCAAUGAAAAGAUGUCGGCUGUGAUCAUUCAUGCGAUUGCGCUUGUUGGUAAUGUGAACAAGUCAAAAACCAUGACAACUUUGGAAGGACUUCAACUGACUCAUACGCAUUUGAGUUCUCUCGGUCGGUAUGGAAAAAGUGCUUUUUUAAUGGGCAUUUAUGGAUCUGGAAGUGAAUUAUGCCAGGCUUUUUCAAGAUACUCUGCUGUUUAUGGCAGUACAUACAUUUUAGGGUUUGAAUUGGAAAGAUUUGAUAUUCAGCAAGAUAUGAUAACCGUGACUGGCCAAGGAAAGACGUUUGAAGCUAAAAAACUGGUUGCUGGAGCAAAGUAUAUAGAUUUAAUUUUUGAAAAAUCUGUUACUGAAACAACACAGCUUUUGAGAUCCACUAUUAUCAGUAAAGCGCCAAUUAUUGGAUAUGAUUCUCUGGCGCUUGCUGUACUACCUCCCCAGUUUGAGGUACGAUCUGAGGGUAUUUUUGCAUUACAAAGCAACUCAACUAUCAAGACUUGUCCAGAUGGAUUUUAUACCAUUACUUUGAUUUCAGAUGGCGUAGCAACAACCAUGAAAGAUCAUCAAGAGGCGCUCGCUACUUUGACUAGGCAUUACAAUGAGUCUCAUCCAGACGGGCUCACAGCUCUACAUGUGUUCCACCAUACCAAUCAUACUAAAGUCAAAGCUCAAGAUGGAUGGGUUCAUGAUCGUGUUGCAGUGUGUCAGAGCCCUGCACCAGGUAUCUAUGCAGAGCAUCAUGUGCACGAAGCGCAAACUCUUUUUGAACAACUAUGUCCAGGUGGCGAGUUUUAUCCAGAGCAGAUUGUCACCGACAUGGGUGGUGAUGAAUGAGAAAUAAACUUGCAUAUUUUUGUAAAUCUUG